AUGAUUCAUCGUAGCAGAUUACCAAAAUUUCCUGAUGACCUAGAAGUACUACCACAAGAAAAAAAUAAUAAUGACUUUCAAUCACGAAGACUACCGUUAACUACUAUUAUUACUAGUGCCGGGGGAAUACGACGACGUGUAAGCCAACAUGGUGCUAUACAGAAGCGAGCGCCGUUACCUAUUGUCCAACAAUUACAUUACAAGAAAAUAGCAGAGCAAGUUGCGGAACUUCCCAAGAAAUUCUCAGAAACUAUCCAAGUUAAAAAACAAUCAGCACUAAAACAUAUGGCGAAAAAUGCGAUUACAGAAUGGGAGAAUAUGGGAAUGCCAUACGAGGAAAAUUUGCGUUCGAAAAUUUUUGGUGAUGUCGAACGAGAAUUAGCUUUUGGAUUUGACAGAUUAUCAAUAACAAAUGAUAAAGAGCAUGCCGAACCAAAGGCAUCAUCAUGGAAAACACAAAAACCGAAGACCUUAACAUCUUCAAUGAAUGGUUCCAAUAAGCGCAAACGUGUCACCUUUAAUUUUGAUUCUAUUCCGCCGCCCAUUCCAGCAGAAACGGUGAAGAAAACCUCAAGUGAAAAAAGUUCCUCAUCUUUGGCUUCGUAUAACCCGUCAAUAUCACCAUCAUUGCCAAAGAAAAAAAAUGGAAAAUUAUCAUAUUCUUCACCUAAAUUUGAGCUUCGUCCAAAGUUUAAAGUCAACACAAAAAUUCCUUCGAACCACACUGCUACUCCUUUCCUUCCUCGUACCUCAUUUCCACAAGAGAAUCAACAACUAUCAUCCUCCUCUUUAUCAUAUCCUCCUUCAGUUCAAUUCACUCCUAGUAAGGGUCAACAACCACCAUCGACGCCAACUCCUGAUUUCAUAAAAAGAAAUGAGAAUAUUUUCUUUUAUUACACUUCUUCGCAAGAAUCAAGUCCAUCAAAAACUCCAUAUACGCCUACACCUAAAGAGCAACAACAACGACGACAUCUUCGUCUCUCUCCUUUACGGUCUCGCUUUGGGUUUAAUCUUGGUAAUUUGAUAACUUCGUUACCCUGUAAAAAGAAUUCUUCAAUUCCCUAUCCUCCCUCUGGACCGUCGUCACCUUUUGAAAGUUUAACUGAAAGCAAAGAAAAUCAAGUAUUAAAUAAUGAACUAAUAGAAGUAAAUAACAAGCUUCCCGAACAAUCAGAAGAAUUGAUACCUAUACCACAAGAAGAUCAAAAUGCAUCCGAUAUCUCAAGCACACGUGAUUCAGCAUCUGAAGAAUCAGAAGAUGAAUUAUUACUUGACGUGGAAUAUAAAUCGAGGUUCUUUGGCGACCUUACCGAAGACCAAGAAUCAAGGAUUAACGAAAUAAUUGACGAAUCAAGAAAAGAAAAGAAGGUUGUUUCGCAAAUGGGUCCGACAAUCAUCGAGGAGAAAGAUUUAGAUACUUUACAGCCAAAACGAUAUAUUAAUGGAGAAAUUAUCAGCAUGUAUGCGAGACUUUUAAAUGCUCGUGUGCUAGAACGACGUUCUGCCGGGGAUGUAAAUCAACAAGAUGUGUUUAUGACUAAUACGUAUUUUUAUACACUGGUUGAGAAAGCGAAGAAGAGCGGAAACUUCAAAAAACUGGAAAAAUUUCUCAGUAACAACAAUGUACCAGAUCUAUUCGAAAAAGACAAACUCUUAGUCCCUGUGCAUCUCGGUAAUCAUUGGGUAUGUGCUGUGAUCAAUUUAAAUGAAAAAACAAUUAGUGUGUACGACUCCGGUGCACGAUUUGGAAGCGGUGGAACUCAAUCCAUUGGACCGAAUCUCUUGGAGUUCAUACAAGGAUAUCGAGUCAUAAAAAAACAACAGUCAGACCGGGACGAAUGGAAAGUUAACUUGUUCCCUAGUGAAAUACCGCAACAGCCGAACGGUUACGACUGUGGCGUGUAUACAAUGUUGUUUGCUGAUUAUAUAAGCGAGCAGCGAGAAUUUGACUUCGACAAUUUGGAUAUGUCGAUUUAUCGAAAUCGUAUAAAAUAUGAAGUGGAACAAAAUCUACCCGAAACACUUCAAAACUUCCUCAAAUAUGAGCACAGGCCUGGUCAGGCACGAAGAUUUCUCGCUCGCGUGGGAAAGAAUUUCAGGUGGCCCUUGUCCAUGCCAGAAUUUUUCAAAGGAGAUACCUUCGAACAAAUUGCUGAUGCAGAGUUAGAAUUCGAUGAUGAGAUUGGGUUUAACCUUAUAUAUUUUUACAACGCGCUUGACGUUGGUAAAUUUCCUGAUUCAGCGUUACAGUUUGUGUUAAAAGAUCCAAAGAAACCAGUAUCUUCAUUCUAUUAUAUGAUUUUUAUGAUAAUAUGGAUUACAACAAAAAGGUGCCUGGGCGGAGAGGUUGGAUGGAAUACAUCAUUAUUACUAAUGGCUAGAGGUUAUGAUGCACCUGCUAGACAAAUUCGUGCAUCAGCGAUGUUUGAGUUGUCUAUUGGUGGUAAAGCAAUUGGAAUAAAUGGGUUCAAGUCCAAAUUCUACUCUAGAAAAGUAAUCCCUUAUUGGCAAUGA